AUGGAUGAUGCAGAGAGCCCCAGACUGGAGGAGCAACAGACUCCUACCAAGUCUCCUUACACAAAUGUUCGCACCGAUGGGCGGGCCUUCAACUCUCCCAAUUGGCGCAUGAAAGUGGAAAGCCCAACACCAUCGCGCACCAAUGCCAGCCCCAGCGCGAGCCCCAUUCCCAACCCCAAUACCUCCCGCGCAGCCUUCAGCCGGCCCGGAGCGCACGUCCCCCAAGCGAUUAACGAUGGCCGCCGCCUAUACGUUGGCAACAUGCCAUACACGGCUAAGAUGGAGGAUGUGGAGGCGCUGUUCAUAGCGGCCGAGUUCCCUAUCGAGCGCAUAGAUAUUGCCAUUGAUCCUUUCACCGGCCGGAACCCUUCCUACUGCUUUGUUGACUUGCAGAACAAGGAGCAUGCCGAGCGCGCCAUGACCGAGCUCGAUGGCCGUGAUAUGUUGGGUCGCCCUGUUAAGAUUAAGCCCGGUGUGGCCAAGUCUCAGGAGCGCAUUCAGAGCCCACCUGAGCCAUUCCGCAUUGAUCGCUGGCGUCAGCAAGAGAGACCUAGCUUUGCGAAGGUCAACAGUGACUCGAGCAACCGUGUGUAUGUCGGUGGACUGCCACGAUUGACCGACCAUGGGGCUAUGCAGAGCAACAUGGAGAUUUUCUUCAAGGGAUUCAAGAUUGAGAAUGUCAGCAAGAUCUUUGCCCCUCACCCCGCUAAGCGGUUCGAUCCCGGCGAGCACUACUAUCUGUUCGUUGACUUGGGUACUCCCGAGCAAGCCCUGAAAGCCAUGGAUACCCUGAAUGGCCAGGAAGGACCAUGGGGUGGUCCGCUACGUGUACAGUUUGCUCGUGGUCCUAAGGAGGCCUAA